CUGUUGUGCGCUGAUUGGUUCAACAGCUUGGGGGCGGGUUCUCCGCGGGGCUCGGUCUUCACGGCUCACGGAGAGCGAAUGUCGUCAUGAGCGAACAACAGGACAGUAUGGCCACCACUGUUGCUGUCAGUCCCAGUGAAUACCUUCAGCCCUCCACCGCUUCCACACAAGACACCCAGCCGUCUCCUCUGGCCCUCCUGGCUGCCACCUGUAGUAAAAUCGGUCCUCCUGCCGCUCAGGUUCCGGUCACCUCUCCUCCGGCUCAGCCGCAGCCUCGCCGGCUCCUCCCCAUAAAGCCGGCGCCGAUCGCCCCCGCUCCGCCUAAAAACCUGGGUUUCCUGUCAGCCAAGGGCAAUGUGAUCCAGCUGCCCGCCGGCCUGGGCUCCACGGCGCCCGGCAGUCCCAUCGUGCUCACCAUCCAGCAGAGCCCGGCCCGCGCCAACACUUCGGCGCCUGCCAACAUCCAGUACCAGAUGAUGCCGCAGAUCCAGGGCGCCCAGACCAUCCAGAUGAUGCCACAGGGAGGUCAGAUCCAGCUCAUACCGGGCACCAACCAGGCCAUCAUCACCACUCCCAUGACCGUACCGGCUCCCAACGCCGCCACCGCUCCCGUCACGCCGCAGAAGACUGUAGCCAUCAAGCCCUCCCCAAAGUCGCGCAAGCCAAACAACUCCGCUGCGAACAUGGUGCAGCUGCCCGGCGGGCUCACGCUGCCGCUCCACGUGGCGACCGGAGAGGUGGGCGGGACUCAGUUCGUCACGGAGACGGCAGCCGCCCCUCCCACUCCGGGAAAGGGGCGACGGGGGAGGAAGAAGAAAGUGGUUUUGGCUGCGUAUCCUCCUCCACAGGCUGCCUCUCCACCUCCCGAGCAGAUGGAGACCAUCCUGAUAGAAGCUGGCGACAACAUCAUCCAGGCGGGUAACAACCUCCUGAUCGUGCAGAGUCCCGGGCAGCCGGCUAUGGUGCAGCAGGUCCAGCUGGUCCAGUCCAAACCGGAGUCUCAGGUGGUUCAGAUCCCCCAGCAGGCCUUAAAGGUGGUGCAGGCCGCCUCCGCCACGUUACCGCCCGUCCCACAGAGACAGUCGGUCCCCACCAGCCUGCAGAUCACUCAGACAGAACCGACACCAACACAGAUCCUCUUCAAAACAGCGUCAGGUGAGUGGCAGUCUGUCCAGAUACAGGACUCGGUCUCCCCGACGACGACCCCCACCACUUCGGUCGCCACCACCCCCACCACCUCACCGCCGGCCGGCACCAAGAGGACGCUGGCGGGCGGACGGAAGGAACGGACUCUGGCAAAAAUUGCUCCGGCGGGGGGGAUGGCGGGGGGAAUGAUAUCGUUGAACACGUCGCAGCUCUCCUCGGCGACGCAGGCGGUGCAGACGAUCAGCAUCAACGGCGUCCAAGUUCAGGGAGUUCCUGUCACCAUCACCAACGCAGGGGGCCAGCAGCACCUGACGGUUCAGGCGAUGCAGGGCGGAGGGCUCCAGCUGGCAGCGACGCCGGGCCAGCCGGCCCUCCAGGUGGACCAGACGCUGACCCUGGAGCUGCCCGGUCAGCCGGGAGAGAAGAAGCGACGCAUGGCUUGCACCUGCCCCAACUGUAAAGACGCAGACAAGAGGCCCGGCGAGGUGGGGAAGAGGAAGCACAUCUGCCACGUCCCCGGCUGCGAGAAGACGUUCAGGAAAACGUCGCUGCUCAGAGCUCACGUCCGGCUGCACACCGGCGAGCGGCCCUUCGUCUGUAACUGGGUUUUCUGCGGGAAACGUUUCACACGCAGCGACGAGCUGCAGCGGCACGCCAGGACGCACACAGGAGACAAGCGCUUCGAGUGCAGCCAGUGUCAGAAACGCUUCAUGAGGAGCGACCACCUGACGAAGCAUUACAAGACUCACAUAAACACCAAGAACCUGUGAGCUGCUGCCGGAGUGACAGAGCGUAUCACGCAGACAAACUGUGAAACUAAAGACUGUGUUAGAGGACGGAGGGGCAGAGGGAGCGUCUGUGACUCAUCCCGUUAACGGGAAAUACUCCAAAAAAAGUCCCCGUGUCCCCUCUCAUCACUCCUCUAGGACACUGUGUAGCGUGCUGUACAAAGAAAUCCUUCCUGGUGGACUUCAAACUGAUCCAGCAAAUUAAAUAAUAAUAGUUUAUCUUUGUCGUCUCUGGUCUGAGCGGAGGCCGCGACCAGCUCCGAACCGAACGGGUCAGACGACGAGACGGCGAGGCUUCACACGCAGACGCUAAACUCUGCUUACUUAUUUAUGAACUUCCGUCGGGGGAUGAACGUACGGCGAAUUAUCCCGACGACAACGCCAAGACCACAGGACUCCAGUCACUCUCUUUUAUUUUGGUUUUCUUCCCCCAAAUCCUGCUUUUUUCAUUUGUUUGUCGCGGAGCUUUCAAGCACCAAAAAAGGAACAAAUUCAACUCCAUUGUUUUGUAGAUUUAACAGAAAUCUGUUUUUGUUUUCAGGUCUUUGUGUUUUAGCAGAUUUAAAACCCCCUCUAACCCAGAAUAGUUUGGGACCAUCACAUCAAAACUCCCCUCACAAGACUUAUGAAAACCUUUUAGAAGUUGACUAUUUUUUUAAAGUGUGUGUAUGCAUACUAUCAUACAUAAUAUUAAUAAUAAACUAUUUAUAACA